AAACGCAUCACCUCCCAGUCUGGCACAACACACACAGAGGCUCGGCUGUUUGCAUAGCUAGCAAUAAUGGAUACGAGCUAACUGCCUGGAGUUAAUGUUUCGUUAAUUACCGGAAAGACGCGGUGAGAUUGUUAAAUAUAUCACCAAGUAUCGCUCCAGACAUUUGGUUCCUUUUUCGGACUGUCGAAUAUACACGUUUGUAGACAACUAUGGGAGGACUGGGGAACGGACGCCGGGGAGGAAGAUCACCACCUCUAAUGAUUGCCGCUUUGAUCGCCUGUAUCUUGGUUCUGGGCUUCAACUACUGGGUGUCAAGUUCUCGCAACCUGGAGCUACAAACUAAGCUGUAUGAACUGGAGGGCCAGGUGCGACGUGGUGCAGCAGAGCGUGGAGCGGUAGAGUUGAAGAAGAAUGAGUUCCAGGGGGAGAUCCAGAGACAGAAGGAGCAGAUCAACCACAUAGAAAAUGUCUACAAGAGACAACUGGAGGGGGCCCAGAGCACCUGCAUCCAAGAUAAGGCCACACUGCAACAAAACAUUUCCUCCAGCACCAAGACCAUACAGGAACUCAAAGGUCAGCUGAAUCAGCUCAACGAUGACUUGGGGAAGCUUCAGAAGGAGCUGCAGAGUUGCCAAGGCAACAUCAACACUCUUAACAACAAACUGACUUAUGACAUGACCCAUUGUCACUCCCAGGUCCUGUCCCAGAAGGAGCUGUGUGAUGAAAGAAUGGCUGCUGCUAAACUCGAAUUUGAGAAGAAAAUGGAGAAGCUCGUCCCUCCUCCAGGUGUUUCCUCACAGCAGGAAAACGCAGUGGAUGGAGCAGUAAAAGACAGCAAACCAGUUCAAAUUGUGCCUGAUGGAGCUCAACCAGCCACUGUUGUAAGCCACACACCAGGCCUCUCUGAGCCCAAAGAAAAUGAACCAUCUGAACUACUGACCAAUGAUAUCAUCGUGGAGAAAGUGGAACUACCUCUGGCAAAGGAUCUCUCAAAAGCAGAGACUGUUCCCCCGGCUGCUGCAGCCAAGCAGGACAUUUUGCCACAAGAGGGAGCUGUCAGAGCAGAUGAGAGUGAGGGAGAGACCAAUAAACUUCUAAAUAAUAAUCUGACUGAGGAUAAAGACGUGGAAGUGAUGGAUGCUCAUGAAGAGGGUGCUCAGACAGAAGAAACAGACCCUGGGAUGGAAGGCAUGCUGAUUGGUCAAGGGAAGGCAGAUGAGACUCUGAAUGGUCAGAACCUUCAGGAACCAGAGGAGUACGACGGCGAAGAACAAGUAGUGGGUGGAGUCGAUAUGGAGAAGCAACAACAGAAUAAACAGAGUGAGAAUAUAGACAAGGACAUGGAGGAGGAGCUGGCUGACUACAAUGGGGAUGAUGAGAAUGAAGGGGAGUUUGAAGCAGACAAACAAGCAGAACUUGCUCAAAUCUAAGGGCUGCACUGAGAGAAAGCUCCUUCAUACCACAUUGGAAAACAAGACCUAUUUUACAGAACAACAACAUACAGGUUAAUGCAACCUGAAAACAACACUGAGCACAAAUCAAAUGUCAAAUGGAAUUUUUUUUUAAUGAAAGACUUGCUGGGUGCUUACUGGAAUGUUGUUAAUUUGUCAGUUUAAUUGGAAUUGAUAUUUUCUUAUCACCUACUGUUUAGUACGAGUAGAAAAUUGCAAGCACAGCUUAAGAUGCUCCAGAAUUGACACCGGUUGGAUUGAAAAGUUGAACACCUCAUGUCUGGGAAAUCAAUUUUAAAGAUGUGUCGACAUGCGUUUUGCUCACUACAUCAUGGCUGUGUGUUGAAUUACGUGCAGACCCUUAUAGGGUUACGAGGUGUGAAAUACUACAACUAGCUUAAAGGAUCUGAGUGAUUUUAAUGGCAGAAUUGCUUCAUCAAAGCUCUGCAGCACAAGCCUCCUCUCCCUCAGAGGUGUGACAGCAUCUUAAGUAAAGCCUUAAGUUCUCCUCGACAAAGUCUCUCAUAGGAAUGUUUUCUGCUUAGAGUCAGUCUGUUCAUUUCAGAAUUUUCAUGACCACAGAAAUGCUGUAAUUUUUUUGUGUGAUAUCGCUGAGUCCAGUCGUGUUAUUUUGAUGCUAAACUCAGUUAUAUGAAAAGAUGAUAACGAGACACUUGCUUUGAAUUCCAUGUUGCCAUAAAUGCUGUAAAAAGUAAAGCUGGCUUAAUAGACAUGCCACAUAACCGGGGACAAAUUCCCCCUCUGAGGUUAUAUGCUGUCAGAUUUUAAACAUAUAUUGUUGCUGUAACUGGGCAUUUCUGAUUCAUGUCCAGCCAUUUUUGAAGAGCCACUGAUGAAUUGCGUUGGCAUUUUAGUGGCAGUAAUUCUUAUAUUCUGAGCUGUAUGUCAGACCACAAAGAGCCACAAGGUUGUUUGCGUUCGGCAUUCUACAUUUAGGAUCAGUAAGGCAGGAAAAUAGUUUUAAAUGAUUUCAGAAGGAACAGAAACUCUUCGUAGAUCAGCAGACUUAGUAUUCGUAGUAUUUUGACGCAUGCCUUAUCAGUUCUGCACACUCCAUUUUCCCCUGACGGUCAGGUGUUUCUCACAGUGGAGAUAAGAUGUUGAGCCAUGGUACAUAUUUACAGUUGUUCGACCUGCUCAGUUUGUGAUCUCAUUUGGUGGAUACCGUUUCUGGUUUGCUGAACAAAAAGGACUAUUUGGAUUAGAGUGUGGGAGUGGGUUUCUGAGAAUUGCUGUGACCUUAUGAAGGACAUUUCCUUGAAGCAGGAACAACGUGUUGUGCUUUACGGCUACUGCAAGGCAGUCAGUGUGAACUAUUCAGUAGUUGUGCUAAAAUGUGUUUGAGUCGUCAAAUUAAAUCUGCACUAAACUGGAAAUUAUUGGGGAGAGUGCAAAAUUUAGCUAAACUUAGAUAGAAAUAAGUCAAAGUUAGUAGAAGUUUGAGGCGGGGGUUUUGUUGCCUUGUGCUUUUAUACAGAAUAGAAGAUUGAUUUUAUAGUUCAGGAACUUUGCUCUAUGUAGAAGUGGUGAAUUUGACUGCACACCCACACACUUUCACUGCGCUGUCGUUGACAUCGCUGUAAUUUCCAUAAUGCGUUGGUUAUCAUCAUAGUCCGUUCCAGAAGUCCUGCAUCAUAUGUUAGGAAGUUAUCGUCCUCGACUCCUGUUAUUUGCCUAUCUGAAAUGAGUGGUAGGUGUUACAAUACAACACCUGUGUUCUGCUCUAUCAGAGGUCUCUAAUCUAGACAGGCAUGUAGAACGGAACUAAAAUUACAUUAAUAAAAACUCUACAUUUCAUUCUUUCAAGCUAAGGGUGAAGUUCUUCAGUGUCAAAUCUUGUGGUUUCAUGUGCAAUAUUUCUUUUAAUCGUAGAGUUUUUCUUUAGGUGCAGUCGCAAAGACAACUUGGCUUCUAGUUAGAAAAAGUAUAGCCUCUGUUAAAGACAGAAUAUCAGUGGGACAUUCUGCAUCCCGCUUAUUCUUACUCAACUAUUUAAGCUAAAUGUCAUUUAUACAUUGAGUUUCCACUUUAUAGUCCACCUAUUUACUUUUGUGUUUUCUGUAAAAUCAGAGUGUUGUCUCAUUUAUUUAUUUUUUUUUCCCCAAUUGCUGAGAACUUGACUGGGAUUAAAACACGUUCUAUGUUUUUACAAAAUGCUUGACCACAUGUGGAGAGUCUUUCUAGCCCAAAGUUCAUCAAUCAAAGUUAUUUUGCUCCUUUGAGGAAUACAAACAAAAACAACUGUCAAACCUUUAUUGGUCAAACUGGUACAGAAAGAGUUCGACUUAAUUUUUCAUCCCAACAAGUAAAAAGUGAUUAUUUCUAAAACAUUGGUGUGUUUUUCAAUUCGCUCCUGUACAUUUUUAGUCGCAGUAACAAAUACUGAAUAGGAUUGCUGAUGAAGGAUUAAAUUCUCAGGCUACUAGAGCUACACCAUGUGGUAAUGGAAUGUAACUAAGUACUUUUACUCGAGCACAUACUCAAGCAACAUCAAACUGAGUAAAUAAAGUACUUUACUUGAGUGCAGCUUUCUACUUCCAUUCUUUUGUAUCGCAGACAAAUAUUGUACUUCUUAGUCUACUACAUUUGUCUGACUUGAGAUUACAAUUUUUCAUACCCUUUCUAUUCAAUGAAAAAUGUGUUUUCCUUGUGAAUGUUUGUGACAAACUGAAGAAUUACAUUUUCCUUUAAGGGUGGAGAAAAUUCUUCUAUUUCUUAGGCUACUGGAAAUAUACUUUUAACAAAUAACACUCUUUGAUUGUCAGCUGGAGAGUGCAAACAGGUCUUGUCUUUCUGAGCCGACUUAUGAGGUUAUCAUGGGAGAGUGACGUUACACACAUGAUGAUCUUAUUGAAUAUGAUGCUUUAUAGAUUAAACUGCCUUCAUAAUACUUAACUUUAGCUCAACCUUAAACAUAUAUGUAAGUAAAAGGCAUAUAGGAUAUUACAGCAGUGAUGUUAAUCCAUAAACAAUGUGGAUAAUAAUAUAAUACAACAGUGACGAGGACCAUUUUACUGCUUGAUAAUUACCUUUACUUUUAGUACUUUAAUUUUCCUGAUAAUAGUUUUACUUGAGUAACCAUUUAAUUGAGUCAAGGAUCUGUCGCCACUGGGUCAAUGACAGAAAUAAAGAACACAGAGUUCUCCUUAGUCUUGCAGCAGCACUCCUGAAAUAAUCAACAUGAUCCCUUUUUCUGCCUUUUGUCUCACUUUUGCCCAUACUGUGGGAGACACGUUUCACUUACAUGCUUUUUUCUCCAUGUAAUCUUAUGGCUGUUAUGUUGCCGGUUUCAUUUUCAUUGACACUGUGAAGCUUGGACAACUACUGCUUUGUCUGCCUGUUUGUGUAAAAAGUCUCGUUUUCUGAACUACAAUUUUGUGGACCUGGAGAGGAAAUGAUUUUUUUUGUUUAUUUGAUGUUUUAGAAUUUGUAUUUUAUUUAAUUCCGAACUGCUGAACAAAAUUGUGAACGGUUUAAAUACUCAUAGCCUUUAUUGACAAUAGAGAAUAAAGAUUGUUUUUAUUA